AUGCAGAUACAGGGACACAAGCUACUUACAGGAGAUGAGCAUCAAGACUCCAGAGAAGGUGAACCUCUGGCCCUUGGACAAGGUGAAGAGUUGAGCCACGAACACAAACAGGCCCAGGAUGGAGAAGAUGCAGGCCAGCACUGCCCCGGCCUGCACUACCUGGAGGUACUCUAUAGGGGGAGACAGAGAGAACAGGGCUCUAUGAGAUCCUGACACCCUAGACUCUUGUCAUACAGAACAAUAACACUCAUUUUUAUUAAUAAUAAAUAAAUAAAAUAUAUAUAAUAAAAAUGUUUAGUCCAUGCCAUGUAGAACUAACAGCAGGGGUGGAAUUAAAAACCAUUAUUGGAACUCACCACUGUAAAAGGAACAGGGAUUCAGCUUAAAAAACAAGUUUCACUUUGGAAGCUCAGUUCGACCCCUAACUACCGAGCGAGUAUAAGCAUAUGUCCACUCUCUCUUGUUUUGGUAGAAGUUAAUACUGUGUAGCCAUAACAAGAGGUGAGCCCACAGAUGCUGUAUCUUAAUUUGAGACAGUUUCAAACAGCAGGACAAUAAUCCUGCAGCAACAGGAAAUGUGAAUGACAUUUUUUUGUAGGGGUUGAUACAUUUUUCAUUGGGCAAAUCAAGUCAGAAUUUUUUUGUGUGGAAAUUACAAACUUUAGAAGCCGUUUAAAACCUUGAAUACACUACAAGUUUGCAUUUCCUGCGCUGCAGGAAAAUUCCUGCAACAACAGGAUGAUCAAAUUAAGAUACGGCAUCUGUACUGUACCUUCAGCAUAUUCUCCUUUGAGGUUGGUGUAGUGCCAAGCUGAACCUGCCAGUUCCCACCGGCCCCACACGUCUGUGGCCACUGAGUCUGUGAACCACCAGGCCUGCAGACAACAACACAGGGGAAGAGCAGCAGAGACAAUGUAACAUGAACUUACUAACAGCUACAUCAUCUCAUAACAGUGUUGUAACUGUGUUUUCAGUGUUGGUUCCUUGGACCCAACAGGGCGUGCACUGCACAGCGGUGCACAUUUUAGUUCUAGCCCUGUAUUUAUUAUGGUGUCCAUGAAGACGUUCUAAAGUUCAUAUGGAGCAGGAGAACUGAUGGAACAGAAGGGGUCACUGAGGUGACAUUGGCCAUUGGGAGCAUGUAAAGAAAAGGAAAGGGGAUAUUUAUAUACUUACAUUAUCAAUGGUUGGCCACCAGGAGCAUGAUGAUGGCGGUUAUGUGAAGAACAACGAUUCCAGCCAGGACCAACAUUGUGACUAACUGAGAAAAGAUAAGUGUUGUGGAAAGAUAUACAGUGAAUAGGCUAUGCUGCUUAUUAUAAACUGGGUGGUUCGAGAUCUGAAUGCUGAUUGGCUGAUAGCUGUGGUAUAUUAGCCCAUAUUUUCAUACUCUAAUUACGUUGGUAACCAGUUCAGAAUAGCAAUAAGGCACCUCGGGUGUUUGUGGUGUAUUGCCAAUAUACCCCACCCCCUCGGGCCUUAUUGUUUAAUUAUAAACUGGGUUUUUCGAGAUCUGAAUGCUGAUUGGCUGAAAGCCGUGGUAUAUUAGCCCGUAUACCACGGGUAUGACAAAACCUGCUCUAAUUACAUUGGUAACCAGUUCAUAAUAGCAAUAAGGCCCCUCAGGUGUUUGUGGUAUAUUGCCAAUAUACCACGGCUAAGGGUUGUUUCCAGGCACUCUGCGUUGCGUGGUGCAUAAGAACAGCCCUUAGCCGUGGUAUAUUGGCCAUAUCCCACACCCCCUCAUGCCUUAUUGCUUAAUUAUCUUAGUAAAUAUGAGGCAUAACCAGACCUGGGUCAAAUACAUGUAAAAUACUUUCAAAUGCUUGUGUUGCACUUGAAUUGGUUUGCCUACAAUGGGAAUAAUAGAAUAGUCCCAAAAGUGCUAACUCCCAGAUAAAUCAAGCACAUGUUAAAGUAUUUGACUUAUGUUUUUGAUCCAGGUCUGGGAUAGAACAGUCAAGGGGUAAUUAUAUUGUUCAGCGUUCACACACAGCUGUCGCGAAAACACGUCGUGGAAGUCUCACUAGCAACAACAUUUUUAUUUUUAUGACUGCAUGACCUAUCGUUCACACACACACACACUCCCACUCAGCAACGAGGAUUCCAUCGGAUCUCGAGCGCUCUACCUGAAUUGUCAAUGGGGGUCGUUUCAAAUAUGACUCGGUUGUGUGCACAUCAUUGCAUUUGAUUGCUCAUUCACGUUUUUCCUAUAAAGGAGCUUAUAGAUUCGUUUAUUUUUUAUCAACUACAAUUAGACCGCUUAGAGUGUAAAGUAAUAAUUGUCGUUUCUGUAGGCGUACCAUCACAACAACAUUGUUUAAAAAGUUACUCAAGUGUAUAAAUGUAUUAGGUCUAAACGUUUAGACUAUUCGUUUAUCUGCAGACUAAUCAUUAUUAACCUGAAUAUACGCAGCAAAAAAAUUAGACUCAAUUGCAAGUUUCAGUAGAGAAAAAUAACAGGCUAUUCAACGUGGCCAUGUAUUUUUUUUAACUGGACUACUAGGCUCUACAUUACCAUUUGUUAUUGACGCUAUCCCUGUUAUAUGCAACGGGCCCCAUACACAGGCUAUGAGAAAAGAGCGCGAGAAUACGACGACAGAAGUGAGUCUAUGAAACAAAUGUAUUAUACAGAAAUGAAUACAAAAUCUUCAUUAAAAGGUUAUCUAUAAUACUAUGCAUGAAGUAAACCAAUGUUGACGGGGGGUUUUUGCCUCUCGCAAAGGUGAAAUGCAUGUAAUCCUUCCAAAGAGUUCUUAUCAACUUCCAUUAUAAAAAGUUGAAAUAACUCCCCAAACUAUUUUUUUCACCCACAGAGCCUUCAAAAACAUUGGUAAAACGGUACAAACCCUCCACCAAUCCCAUUGCAUAGAAAUUGUAAACAGCAUUAGGUUGAUAAACGUUACCUGUGAGGGAGCUUUUACGCACGAGAGUUAUUUGGAAUUCUGAAAAGCUGUAGACCCACCCAGCGUCGAAUUCAUAGCCUACACAUCACCCCUUUCUCUCUCCAGUCCCUUCCCCCCCUUUCCCCUUUCCCAAACCACACCCAUAUCCUCAAACUUUUUCUUAUCUUUAAAAAGUCAGGGACUUUAAAAGUCGAUGACAAAUAGGCAACGUUUCCCUCUGUCAAAACACUGCGUGAAGUCGAGUGAUCUUCAAAGGGGCUCAUUGAAUUAAUGGAAUAACAAUUACAGAUGUGUCAGAAUGUGUGCAGAAUAGUCCCAGUUUGCAGUAUAUUCUUAAUUCUAAAAAGAACCAAACAAACAAACAUGUUGCGCUCCACUAUAGCCCCCUUCCUGCCCUCAAAAGGGAGAGGCUAUACCUCUCCCUUUUGCUAUGAGCUCCAAACACAUGAGCACAGUAUUUUACUUCACAUUCAUAUAACUAAACAACAACACUGUCACGAUCGUCAGGGAGAGACCAAUGCGCAGCGUGAUGAACGAACAUGUUUACUUUAUUUAAUUAAAGCAAGAAACAAAACAACAAACGACUCGUAACGUCCUUGGUAACAAAUGACCAACACGGAACAAAAACCCACAAACACAAAGUGAAAAACAUACAGUUUAAAUAUGGCUCCCAAUCAGAGACAACCAGCCAACAGCUGACACUCGUUGCCUCUGAUUGGGAGUCACUCAGGCAAACAUAAAAAUCAACAAACUAGAACCCCCAACAUAGAAAUAAACCACAUAGAAUGAACACACCCUGGCUCAACAAAUAGAGUCCCAGAGCCAGGGUGUGACAAACACCCAAUUCCCCUCUGUACGCAGUAUCGACCCAAAAUAUGAAUCAUAGAAUAGCCACACCCAUUCCCUAUCCAUGUUUUGGGUAAUGACAUACUGCACACUUCAUUGCAUUUUUCCCACCACAUGGUUUAUGGAAGUCAUUUUGUACUUAGGACUACUACUUUUUUUACCAUCACUAUUUCAAGGUGUUAACAAAUGAUUUCUACUGUAUGUCUCUUUUUCUUCCAUGAUGAAAUCAAAUCAGAUUUACGUUUUGUCUGAGUUAAUUAAGGUGCGCAACAUUUGCAUAAUCCGUUUGGAAUUACAGCUGUCAGUUCCAAUAUACAGAAUUGCCUGUAGAGUUUAACAUUCUGAGGUCAAAUUUACAGUGGUUCCAGUUAUCCUAGAUGAGUGUUUCCACCUCAAAGCUGUCCUUUUGUGCAGUAGGUAGGCCUACUUUGGACAUGUCUUGGGGAGGUAAAUGGUUGUAUUGAUUGUGUCAAUCCCAGAGUCAAACACAGAGAGAAGUUCAGACGAACCAAGAUCCGCAGAAAGGGACAGGUUCAUGAAGUCCAUUGUGAGGAGACAAGAUGCUGUCUGGUAUUCGUGUUGGAGUUAGUGUCCAACUCAAGUAACCAACCCAACCGUUUCCACACAAUUGAAAGUAAAUUACGCUAUCACUGAUAGCUGUUUGCGGUGUCAUGCCUUUAAGGAAAACUGUUGCCAGUUCCCUGUGGACUGGAGAAGAUUUGUGAUUUAUCCAGCACAUAAAAUGUAAUGCCAACAUACAGUUUAGGUUUAAUGUCCCGAGUCAGUUACUUUACUGAUGUGCUGUCUGUCAUUACUCUGAAAAUCUGCUUUGUUGUACUCAAACUGCUAUAAGGUUGUUCUUAAGUCAAACAAUGUGGUCCUCUGUAGCUCUCAGUGGGUGGCCCUUACCAUGGUGAUGUCCAACAGAAAUAUCAGCCUGACCAUGACACCUUUUCAAGUAAGUAAAUAUAUAGGCCUAUUUAGGCUACAAAAUAAUACAAGUAUUUCCUUAUAAUCUUACACAAAUGAUAAUGAGCCUGUUCUAAUGUAACCUUAUGACCUGAAUAUAUUGCCUCAGUUAAACAGCAGAUCUACUUACCAGGCCCCAGAAGGGACAUCAAAAACAUGUUAUACAGCAGUGGACCCCACUGUCCAUUGUGGGAAUGACAUCCUGAUGAUCACAUUCCAAAAACAGGACAUUCCAAACUUCUUAAUUGACAGAUGUAAGUAAAGCCAGAUAUUGUAACACUAGUAGGCCUUGUGGAAGUCAUAUUGUAGUAGUCCUUGUGGAAGUCAUAUUGUAGUCGGCCUUGUGGAAGUCAUAUUGUAACACUAGUAGGCUUUGUGGAAGUCAUAUUGUAACACUAGUAGGCUUUGUGGAAGUCAUAUUGUAACACUAGUAGGCUUUGUGGAAGUCAUAUUGUAACACUAGUAGGCUUUGUGGAAGUCAUAUUAUAGCACUAGUAGGCUUUGUGGAAGUCUAAUGUAUUUUUUUAUCGCAUUUUCUCCCCAAUUGAUGGUUACGAUCUUGCUGCAACUCCCCAACAGGCUCGGGAGAGGUGAAGGUCGAGACAUGCAUCCUCCAAAACAUGACCCGCCAAGCCGUGCUGCUUCUUUACACACUGCUCGCUUAACCCGGAAGCCAGCCGAACCCAUGUGUCGGAGGAAACACCGUUCAACUGAUGACCAAAGUCAGUUUACAGGCGCCCGGCCCGCCACAAGGAGUCGCUAGAGCGCGAUGAGCCAAGGAAAGUCCCCCGGCCAAACCCUCCUCUAACCCAGACGGCGCUGGGCCAAUUGUGCGCCGCCUUAUGGGGCUCCCGGUCACGGCCGGCUGUGACACAGCCUCCCUUCGGGCUGUGGCCUCAAGCUGAAGACCUCGGACAGAGGCGGUCCUGAUAGCACACUACAAUGGAUGCUUUGUUCACCAGGAGGUAUUGACACUCUCCACUUCCUGUCCUUUCCCAUCUGCCCCUCUCACUUAUGAAGACUCUGUGGAUUUCUGUUCUUACUGUUUUGGGCUACAUGCUGUGUAUGUUUGGUCCUGGAAUCAUUCCUUGACAUGUAAUGCAUCUGAACAAUUCUAUUGAUGGUUACAUUGCGAAGGAAGUUGAAUAAUGACUGUUUGCAUUGCAGCUUUCUAGAAUGAGUUGGCCACAUUUCUGCUCAUAGUAACAUCCAUUGCUUUUGCAGGGGACAGACUACAUUAUGCCAGUGUAUUGGUAUGGAUCUCCAGUGAGGGCAUUGUGUCCAGUCAGGGUGCCCUCUCCCAAGGCCACAUGUCUGGGAUCUGAGAUGGAUCUGAUGACCUAUGGAGAGGGGACCGUGGACAGACAAAGUCCUGAGUAAGUACUGCCAUGGUAAAUUAACAUGACCAUUUUGACUAUGGCUGCAUCCCGAUUCUCCACACACAUGCAUUGGUGUAAGAAAUGGUUUUAAAGCGAGUUUUCACCAUUGUUAAAUCCAUGUCAGGGAGUGUGCAUGUGCACGAUUUGGGAGAAGGGUGGUCGGAGAAUCAGGACUCAGCCUAAACCAGUUGAAUAGGAGUCACUGAGCAAUGUCUUUGACCUCUGACCUUCUCGCCCCCCUCAUUGAAUGGUGACUGGCUGCCGUUCCUGUAUGCUGCGUCCUGGUGCUGGAACCCAACUGAAGACGCUACUGAGCCUCUGGUGUUUGUAGUUCCCUACACAACCUGUGGGGCUACAGUGAAGGUAAAGCUAUGUAUGGAACUGUACACAACUGCCAUGACAUAAUACCUGCCAUGACAUAACAACUGCCAUGACAUAACAACUGUCAUUGAUGUAUCUCAACCUAAUUAUAACGGUUUCCUGUACAUUUGGAUUAGGGGGUAAAUGGGUAAACUGUCGGUACCUGCAAUUCCAGAGGGGAUUUUAUUAUUUGGUCCGUUUAUUUUUAAAUGUAUACCUUACGUAAGGGUAUUCUUUUCUCUCUCCUAUAGAAUGGCAUGUAUACUGUACAACCGGUCCAGGGAAAAGGAGAUGUCUUUCUCCUGCCCGUUACAAACCCCUUACCCACGACACCCUAAACACCCCAACAACCCCGAUUAUGACUCUUAUGACCCUGGUGCAUCUCCAGACUCUAUGUAUUCUCUGCCUCACCAACCCUAAACCAUUUCACACCACCCACCCAUUCCCCAGGCCCAGCCUCUCCCACCAUCCAACCCCCUCUCCCAGUUGUGCCUGUACUACAACAACACCAGAAGUUACCCGACACCCAAAAACAUACCAGGGACAAGGCUGUUACCCCUUCCCCUUCCCCUCCCCCUCCACAGCCGCUCUCUCCCAUCAAGUCCCCAGCUAAGCCCCCAACCCCCCCCCGUUCGCUUUCCCUUCAUCCACUACAAACCCGAGUUACACAUGCUACCCACUCCACCCCCCAUCAAGCCUGUUCCUUUUAAGCCAGUUCCUUUCAAGUUCUCCCCUGAGUUUUCCCAUACCACCUCGAGCCUGCUGAGACAUCACACAGUCAAAGUGUUGAGCUGCACCAAGAGUAUGUGCCUGUGGAACAGCAACAUGCAUUUGUGGCUUUGACAUAUGAUUCUACUGUUUCUGUCACUAAUCACCCCAGUUCUCCCCAGCAAGAGAAGCCUAAUCAACAUGUACACCAACACAUCAGACCUGUCACUCAACCACCUGCUAUCACUGCCCCUCCUCCUCCCGCUUCUCCUCUUAAUCCUCAAUAUCAUCAGUUUAGUCCCUCUAUGUAUCAACACCCACAGAGGAAGCAUAUUGCCCCUGUUCCUCCAACAAGCACACCAUAGGAUCCAGAGGUUCCACAACUCCCCCAUAUGGAGGCCGUCCAGCACCAAAACCAAUGUUGUAAGUAUGGCCCUCCAGCCCUCCUACCCCCACAGAAUAGGCCUUCUCCUCCCUUUGGACCUCAACACUAUCACCCUAGUUCACCCAUCCACUAUUCAUACAUGUACCACUACAAACACUCUAAGCCUGGUAGUCCCAGUAAGCCCACCACUGGCUCUCAUCCUCCACUCUACCAGCAAUACAGUGUCCCUGACCCCAAUUUAUAGUAUUAUCAGAAGCCCAAGUAUGUAGCACCUCCAGCUCCUUCUAACCUUCCAAACAUCCAGCAUCACUACCCUCCAUAUCAAUUCCACCAACAACGGCCAAAUCCUAGGUUCCAUGCCCCAGCUCCACCCCCACCUCGUGAAGAGAACCCUUCUUUCUCUCUGUAUGGUUUUCGGCACCCUGAACCUGAUGGACCUCCCCCUCCACCCCACAUUUCUACAUCUCCAUACUUACCGUACCCGCGUGCCAAGAGAGAGGCCCACCGGCACCGCAGUCCACUGCUUGGUGAGCAGCAUAUGUCAGACAGUGUUUCAAUCUAUUUUGUUCUCUAAACCGUGAGAAUAGUGAAUGCACUUGUAACAGCUUUGAACUGUUUCUCCUUCUCAGGAAAUGCAAGGUGACAAACCAAGACCAUGCCUGGGAGGAAGUAUGUUGUCACCAGAUGUUGAAUUUUGGAAAUAUAAUGUCAAUAAAGAUGAGUUUUUUUUUAAUUCCCCUUUGCUCCAUUCAUGGUCAUAUUGUAAGUAAUAACUCCUUCACAACCUACUAUCAAUAUGAAGCGAAUAUAAUAUUGAAUAGAGGGUAAUAAAACAGAUAUUUAUAUCCAUUGAUCUGAGAUCCUGAUGAUUAUACUGUGAAAUACACAUAAUCAAAUGAACCCAUAGGCCUAGACAAACUUUGAGAUGUGCAUAUAACUUGAGGCCUAGUAAAUUACUAAUUUGUGUAUGAAACUCAUAACAUGAAGCCCCUGAGGCUUUACUAAGGCUGUGUUUAGACAGGCAGCCCAAUUUUGAUAUUUUUCCAGUAAUUGGUCUAUUGACCAAUCACAUCAGAUCGUUUCACAACAGCGUUUUUUCAGAGCUGAUUUGAUUGGUCAAAAAUUCGUGGAAAAAAAUCUGAAUUGGGCUGGUUGUCUAAACGCAGUAGAAUGUGUCUAGACUAGACAGUUCAUGCAGCUUUGUUAUUUUGAUCAUGGAAUUACGAACGCGUCCACAUUGUGGCCAGAUUUCCUUUUCCCGAGCAUUCUGCAAACGGUGCAACAGGCUAAAUCUGAUAACACAACAACAACUUGAUGGCAUUAGCCAACUACUGUAGCUAACUGGGCAGUGAUAAGUUGCGUCAAUUCAAAUCUGGUAUUGGAACAAAAAGAGGUCAAUACACGUCUUCUAAAAUAGACUAGUAUUUUAAUUAAUGCAAAACACUUCAAUAGUAAAUAUGAUGUUCGUAUAUACGGGUCCACUGAAAUACCACGCAGGGCAGACAGAGAACUGGUCCAUUGUUAUAAGUUCUUCUUUAAAUACUCUGACAGAGAUAGUUCCCGCUCCCUGCUGGCCUAUCAGAGUAGAGGCUGAGCGUGGUUUAGACUUACUCAGCCUAUCGUUGGCGCACAGGCUGGUCCCAGCCCCUUGGCGCUUCACUGUUGCCAGGUGUUUAGUUGUUUUCUCCACAACUUGUCCAGAGAGUCAGCACUUUUGCAGUACACAUGUCCUUGAGCGGUCUAACAAAGAGGCAGUGUUUGUGUAUGUGAGACACAAGCCUUAUCUCCCCCUACUCCCUAACAGUUCCUCACAUGAAUCACAGCUUGUUAUGUUAAACAGUCUAUAUCAGUACAGCACAAACCUAUUAUGUUUAAUCAUUAAUGUAUUCUUUCUAAGCUAAGCAUCACAUCUAGUUAUAAGAAAAUAGAUCCCCACAGCAGCUAACCUCUGUAACUAGCCAGCAAAGCUAAACGGAUUGCAAACAAGUUAGCAUAACUCUAUUUUUUUCGAAACAAGCUAACUGGCUAGCAUUUAUGAAGCCAGCUAACACGUUUCUCACAUGCUAUGAACUUGGUUGUUUCUCCCAAAACACUUGUGGGCGGAGUAUUGCUGACGUUUUCUACUGUAUGUGCUUUCGGUAGCCUGAUUGCAUCAAGACCAAUGAUGUGUAUAAACCCUGGAUGACUGAAAGGAGGCGGUGUAUUGCAGCCAUCGUGGUCCUCCUCAACUGUAAAAAAGAUUUAGGAAGCAAUAGAAGUGCAUUUAUUAAUGUCUACCUUCGUUUGACGCGUUUAUUCUAUUACAGACACUUCAAUACAUACGGUUCAAUUAUAUUUUGUGAGCUAAACAUUUAAAAUAAAAUGAUAAAACACAAAAACAUUUUCUUAAAGUAUUGUUUUUAAAGAGUACUAAUGUUACUGUCCCACUAAAACAAAACAUACUUAAAUAAAUGUAAUUUUGUCCUUGAAAUAUUUAAUUGAAAUACUGUCGAAUUCCAUUAAUUUCUAUGGACUGCUCCUACUAGGGAGUGCCAUUGCAUCCCUGACCCCCUGAACACAAUCCGACCACAAUGCGACUUUUGUGCGUCUAGACAUGUAUUUUCAAUGCAGUCUUCAAUGCGAUUCUGAUAGCAGAAGUCACAUGUAAAUUGCGAUUCUGAUAGCAGAAGUCACAUUUAAGUGUCAAGUGUAGACACAACCACAGACUUGCAUGUUUUUUCAAAAAGGAACAACAGCUUUUUUGAAAUGUUGGGAAACUUGUUGGAAUGUGUUGGGAAAAUUCCUUAUCAAAGUUUUGUUGUAGUAAGGUUAAUUGAGAUGGAAUCAGCCUUCUCAUAACUAGCUGCCAUCUGAUCGGUCCUCACUAAUUAGGCCUAAUUAAUUGCCCUGCAGUUGCUUUUACCUGCGUGUUGGCCUCCGUGCGCAAAAGCAUCAACCUGGCAAUGUCUUCCGAACAGAAGAGAAACAUAAUUGUGUUUUUAUGUAUAAUAACUGUAGCAUUUUCCAACUUGCUGUUCUGUGGUGCGUUGAGUGUAGAAAAGAUUAAUGUUCUCAAUGGUUUUAAUCCGGAUCAAGAAAAGGCGUCAAAUGCUGACAGAGAGUGGAGGAUCAACGAAAAACAAGACGCUAAGCACAAAUCUGAGUAUCUGGGCGGAUGGGUCAUUCUUCGUCGCAAUCUUCGACCUACUGUUAAUAAUUCCAGCAUCCAAGAACAGAGUGCAGAGUUCACUGACGUUCCUGAGAACCUCAUAAAUAAUUUCAGUCAACCCAACCUUGCGUUAAAGGCAACUGAUUUGCGGGCGCCUUUGAAUCUGCGUAACGGUUUCAACGUCCAGAAAAGAUCUCUGGAUUACAAUGCUGGAUAUCAAGCAGGCUUCAAAGGUGAAUAUCUGUUUCUAUUAUUAGAUUCGACGAGUAAUAGUCACAUGUGCAAGGUUGCAGGUGUAAUUACAGGGUACAGUAAAAAUCUUCACUCCGAGCAGGUCAAAGUGAAAUAAAAACAAAUGUAAUAAUAAAGAAUAUAAAUAAAAUAUAUACAUAUUAACACUAACAAUGGUAAAUGUCCAUUGGCAGGGUACAUGUCUGUUAAGGAGAGGGAUAGGGGGAGCAGGUAACUGACUAGUGGUGGCUAUUCAGCAGCCUGAUGGUCUGGGGGUAGAAGCUUUUGGCCAGUGUUCCAGUUUUUGCCCGCAUCUGAGUGAUUGCAGCGGGGAGAACAGGCCGUGGCUGGGCGCCCUGAUUUAUCUUCUUGGCAUUCCUGUGACACCUGGUGUUGUAGGUGUCCUGGAGGGAGACAGCGUGCAUCCAAUGGUGCAUUCGACUGAGUGUAGCACCUUGCUAUACCAGGCUGUGAUGCUGCCCGACAGUAUGGGUUCGUGUAGAACACUGAGGGUCCUCUGGGACAGGCCACAUUUCUUCAGCAUCCUGAGGUUGAAGAGUCGCUGUUGUGCCUUAUUCACCAAGGUGUCCGUGUGGUUUGACCAUUUCACCUUCCCAAGGAACUUGAUGUUUUUUUUUUUUUACCGUCUCCAAGGCGGCCACGUUGAUGAGGAUGGGGGCGUGCCCAGCCUGGUUCCUCCCUGUAGUCUGUCUCAUUGUUGGUAAUCAGGCCUACUAUUGUCAUGUUGUCUGCAAACUUGAUGAUGGAGUUGGAACUGUGUGAGGCCACGCAGUCGUGGGUUAAUAUCACAUAUUAGGAUGAUUUAUCAGCAGUAUAUGCAUUUUAAAUAGGUGUUUGUACAUGGAUAAAGAUCUCAUUUUUAUCCAAUAGGUUUUGAAGGCCAUGGUUUUCAAGGGAAGGUCUAUGGUCCAUCAGCCGACCACAACCCCCACUCCAGUGAAUGGCUGUCGAUGAGGCCUCUGGUCCAGUGUGAUGAUAACCUCAUGACACUCACUGCAUCUGGACGAGGAUACACAAAUCUACUGGUAGAUAGAGGUAAGCGUUAGAGACCCACCCAACAUUCCUAAAAGACCAUAACCCUCCGUGUGAAAGCAUCAGUGACUCGUUACGGGAAUAUAAUUAAAUGGGAUCAUUAGUUUAGUUAUGGGGCCAGGGGUGUAUUUAUUUAUUUAGAAGAUUCUGUUGCAAAACGUUUUGCAACAGAAACCAUUUGCUCUAAACGGAACAUUUUGCAAUGAAAACUUGAGGUUUUAUGGGACAAAUGAAUGUAGGUCCCCCCCGUUUGGUUCCAUUUGUGCUGAAUACAACCCAGGAGUUUUUCCUGGCAAGGUCAUGUGGUCUGGAAACUCUUGGCCCUUAGGUCUCUUUACCUUGAAUGUCCUGGGGCAUAUUCAUUAUGGAAACCAUUUACUGUUUUAAGAACCAGACGGAAGCAAACAAGAGUUCCUGAAUAUUGAAAACGCCCCUGUUUAUCAUUCCAGCGGACGCCUCUCCCAUCUCCCUGUUCCAGCUGCCUCCGUCCUGCGGCUACCAUGUGAAGACUACCUGGAGAGAUAUGGUGAUGAUGGCACCAUACGAUGGAUGCUACAUCAUGCAGGAGGUAGAAUAUUUUCCCCAGUUUGCUUAAGGCCCCACACCCUCAGUGUAAUCCCCCCCCCCCCCCCCUCCCCCCUUAAUCAUAUCACAAUCAACUUUUACCAGCUGACUGUAGACCCAACAAUAAUACCUUUUUGUAUUAAAAUAUGCAAAUGAGGCAUUAUCAUUAAAAAUGCACAUAUUUGCAUAUCGCGCAAAUCAAUUUUUUCUGGACACUUGAAGUCAGCCUAAAAAUGCACAUUCUGUCCAAAGCAGAUUUUUCCAAAGGAAAGUGUGUGUGUGUGUGUGUGUGUGUGUGUGUGUGUGUGUGUGUACCCACACACACAGUACCAGUCAAAUGUUUGGACACACCUACUCAUUCCAGGGUUUUUCUUUAUUUUUACUAUUUUCUACAUAGAAUAAUAUUGAAGACAUCAAAAAUAUGAAAUAACACAUAUGGAAUAAUGUAGUAACCAAAAAGGUGUUAAACAAAUCAAAAUAUAUUUUAUAUUUGAGAUUCUUCAAAUAGCCACCCUUUGCCUUGAUGACAGCUUUGCACACUCUUGGCAUUCUCUCAACCAACUUCAUGAGGUAGUCACCUGGAAUGCAUUUAAAUUAACAGGUGUGCCUUCUUAAAAGUUAAUUUGGAAUUUAUUUCCUCAGUGCAUUUGAGCCAAUCAGUUGUGUUGUGAUAAGGUGGAGGUGGGGGGGUAUACAGAAGAUAGCCCUAUUUGGUAAAAUACCAAGUCCAUAUUAUGGCAAGAACAGCUCAAAUAAGCAAAGAGAAACGACAGUCCAUCAUUACUUUAAGACAUGAAGGUCAGUCAAUUUGGAAAAUGUUCAAGAACUUUGACUAGGCCAUUCCAAAACUGCCUGGAGAAAACCAAACUCUGCAUUGAUCCAAAACACACAAUCAAGUCUACAUGAAAAUUGCUAAAAAGCAACAAAUUGGAAGUUUUGGAAUGGCCUAAUCAAAGUCCAGACCUAAUCCCAAUUGAGAUGAUGUGGCAGGACUUGAAACGAGCAGUUCAUGCUUGAAAACCCACACGUCACUGAGUUAAAGCAGUUCUGCAUGGAAGAGUGGGUCAAAAUUCCUCCACAGCGACGUGAGAGACUGAUCAACAACUACAGGAAGCAUUUGGUUGGAGUCAUUGCUGCUAAAGGUGGCACAACCAGUUAUUGAGUGUAAGGGGGCAAUUACUUUUUCACACAGGGGAAUUGGGUGUUGCAUAACUUUUUAUGAAAUAAAUAUGUAAUUGUUGUGUUAUUUGUCCACUUAUGUUCCCUUUAUCUAAUAUUAGGUUUUGGUUGAAGAUCUGAUAACAUUCAGUAUCACAAAUAUGCAAAAGUAGAGAAAAUUAGAAAGGGGGCAAAUACUUUUUCAUAGCACUGUAUGUAUGUAUGUACAACAACCAAUUCCCUCUGGGAAAAUCUGGAGAAUAUACAGUGCAAUUGGAAAGUAUUCAGACCACUUGACUUUUUAAACACUUUGUUACGUAUAGCCUUAUUCUAAAAUUGAUUAAAUAAAAAAAUGUCCUCAUCAAUCUACACACAGUACACCAUAAUGACAAAGCGAAAACAGGUUUUGAAAGUUUUGCGAAUUUAUUACAAAUAAAAAACAAACACAUUAUUUACAUAAGUAUUUAGAACCUUUGCUGUGAGACUCGAAAUUGAGCUCAGGGGCGUCCUGCUUCCAUUGGUCAUCCUUGAGAUGUUUCUACAACUUGAUUGGAGUCCACCUGUGGCAAAUGCAAUUGAUUGGACGUGAUUUGGAAAGGCGCACACACCUGUCCUAUAUAAAGUCCCACAGUUGACAGUGCAUGUCAGAGCAAAAACCAAGCCAUGAGGUCAAAGGAAUUGUUCGUAGAGCUCAGAGACAGGAUUGUGUCGAGGCGCAGAUCUGGGGAAGGGUACCCAAACAUUUCUGCCGCAUUGAAGGUCCCCAAGAAUACAGUGGCCUCCACCAUUCUUAAAUGGAAGAAGUUUGGAACCACCCGGCCAAACUGAGCAAUCGGGGGAGAAGGGCCUUGGUCAGGGAGGUGACCAAGAACCUGAUGGUCACUCUGAAAGAGCUCUAGAGUUCCUCUGUGGAGAUGGGAGAACCUUCCAGAAGGACAACCAUCUCUGCAGCACUCCACCAAUCAGGCCUUUAUGGAAGGGUGGCCAGACGGAAGCCACUCCUCAGUAAAAUGCACAUGACAGCCCGCUUGGAGUUUGCCAAAAGGCACCUAAAGGAUACUCAGACCAUGAGAAGCAAGAUUAUCUGGUCUGAUGAAACCAAGAUUGAGCUCUUUGGCCUGAAUGCCAAGCGUCAUGUCUGGAGGAAACCUGGCACCAUCCCUACGGUGAAGCAUGGUGGUGGCAGCAUUAUGCUGUGGGGAUGUUUUUCAGCAUCAGUGAUUGGGAGACUAGUCAGGAUCGAGGGCUAGAUGAACGGAGCAAAGUACAGAGAUCCUUGAUGAAAACCUGCUCAGGACCUCAGACUGGGGCAAAGGGUCACCUUCCAAUAGGACAACUACCCUAAGCACACAGCCAAGACAACGCAGGAGUGGCUUCGGGACAAGUCUCUGAAUGUCCUUGAGUGGCCCAACCAGAGCCUGGACUUGAACCUGAUCGAACAUCUCUGGAGAGACCUGAAAAUAGCUGUGCAGCGACACUCCCCAUCCAACCUGACAGAGCUUGAGAGGAUCUGCAGAGAAGAAUGGGAGAAAGUCCCCAAAUACAGGUGUGCCAAGGUUGUAGCGUCAUACCCAAGAAGACUCGAUGCUGUAAUCGCUGUCAAAGGUGCUUCAACAAAGUACGGCGCAAAGGGUCUGUAUACUUGUGAUAUUUCAGUUUAGCAAAAAUAUCUAAAAUCCUGUUUUUGCUUUGUCAUUAUAGGGUGUUGUGUGUAGAUUGAUGGGGCGUGGGGGGGGGGGGGGGGGGGGGGGGGAACAAUUCAAUUCAUUUUAGAAUAAGGCUGUAAUGUAACAAAGUGGAAAAAGUCGACAGGUCUGAGUACUUUCCGAAUGCACUGUAUCUAAGGAUAACCACACAAUACUUGGUGAAUGCAGAUGCUUCUGAAGCUGAGAAAAGUGAGUUGGCGUGUGGGGUGGUCUGACUUUCGGGAAAUGGCAGUUAGUCAAGUACACUGAAAUUAGACUGCCAAAUGGCUAUUUAGACCCUUUUUUUUUUAGUCUCUUCAAAGUAAGUUACUAAAUAUAGUCCGGUUUGUAACACCUAUGACAUUAAAUGAAGUGAGAUUAGACAUUAUUGUAUGUCCAUUUUUAAAGUGGUUAAAAUUAAUUAAAAUGUUGACUGUAGUUUGAUAAACUAAAGGAAAUAUACAUUUUCAUCAAGUUUACUUUUUGAAAAUACUAAUAUUUAUGGACCAAAAUGUAACACUGUAGGUAGCUGCAAAAAUAUCAUUUCAGCCUGUGGUGCCUGGCCUUGAUGCUCUGUUCUUCUUGGAAUCCUUCAGUCAGACUGCCUCCUGUCCAUUCACUCUACAAUCCACCCUGCUUUUGUACAUAGUAGAACAUGACAUUAAUCUCUCUGUGUCUCUCCUCUCUCUUUUUCACUCACUCUCUCCCUGCCCCCAUCAGCAUGGUAGUUAUGUCCUGCCCAUGUUGUGGUGGGGCAGCCCUGUGAAGAUCACCUGUCCAGUCCCCCAUCCUGACCUCCGACCCCACCCUGUCCCCUCAGUACUCUGCUCCUACUUUGGCAUGGCCAUCCAGAUACAUGGAGGGGAGGAGGUCAUACACACACUACAGGUCAUAGGUGAGUUGGCUUGUUCUGCUCAUGUUCCAAUUUGGAUUGUGAGUGAGUCAUUCAUUCAUUCUCUCUCUCUCCCCCCAACAGAGAACGGCAAGUGGGUGCCGUUUGUGUCUGAAGAGUGUGCCUACCAAGUUAACUCACACUCAGAAGACCUCAUCUUUUAUGUUCCCUUUACAGCAUCAUGUGUGACCAUCGGAGUAAGUUAUAGGAAGUUGAUACUCAAUCAUUAAAUUCAGUACAACUUUAUUAAUAUCCUCUAACAUUGAACUGAGCUUCUUCAGUGAUCAUAAAUCUAAAUAUAUAUUUUUUCUACAUUUUUCCUCUUCCAGAAUGGAGUUCAUCGACUGAUCCUAUUGGACGGCCAGGGCUUCAUCCUCUCCUGCCCCUCACACCACCCUCCUCCAUUUCCCUUCUUUCCCUCUCCUCCAUUUUCUCAACCCUUCUCUCCUGGUGAUCUGCAGCACCAGAGACCUGACCCUGUGACCUUUGCUCCCACCGCCAGCCCUCAAGCUCCCCCUACCUCUCCUCCCAUCACCCCUUAUACCCCACCUCCAGCCCAGGAACAGAGGCCCCAACUUCCUACGUUCCCCCACCACCUCCCUCAUGGCAUGUAUCCCCAGUUCCCUUACCGUGGUGCUGGGUUUCACCCUCACCACCAUCCUGGUCACGAUCCAUACCCUGGCUCCCAUCAGCGUCUCCCAUGGAGAUACCCAGGCCAGCAGCCCUACUUCCCCAUGGGGCCUGGGUAUCACCCCGACGGCUCUGUAGACCACCCUGAUUACCUUGACUCCUUUUACCUCCCCGCUACCCACAAUCCUUCUAUGCUCGACCAUUAUAAAAUCACACCUGGUGUCCACCGCCCUUCCGUUGUUGUCGAUCCUACUCCUCUUAUAGCUAUCCGACCUCUUCCUCCUCCCUCUUAUACCGAACAACCUCCUCGUCCCGCCUCUUAUACCGAACAACCUCCUCGCCCCGCCUCUUUUACCGAACAACCUCAUCGCCCCGCCUCUUUUACCGAACAACCUCAUCGCCCCGCCUCUUUUACCGAACAACCCCCUCGCCCCGCCUCUUUUACCGAACAACCUCCUCGCCCCGCCUCUUUUACCGAACAACCUCCUCGCCCCGCCUCUUAUACCGAACAACCUCCUCGUCCCGCCUCUUAUACCGAACAACCUCCUCGCCCCGCCUCUUUUACCGAACAACCUCCUCGCCCCGCCUCUUUUACCGAACAACCUCCUCGCCCCGCCUCUUAUACCGAACAACCUCCUCGCCCCGCCUCUUAUACCGAACAACCUCCUCGCCCCGCCUCUUAUACCGAACAACCUCCUCGCCCCGCCUCUUAUACCGAACAACCUCCUCGCCCCGCCUCUUAUACCGAACAACCCCCUCGCCCCGCCUCUUAUACCGAACAACCCCCUCGCCCCGCCUCUUAUACCGAACAACCCCCUCGCCCCGCCUCUUAUACCGAACAACCCCCUCGCCCCGCCUCUUAUACCGAACAACCUCCUCGCCCCGCCUCUUAUACCGAACAACCUCCUCCUCUCGAUACUGAACCUGUUCUUCCUAUAUUACCUACUGCCAUCGAUCUUCGUCCUUACCCCAUUGUUGUUUACGGACCUCCUACCCCUUAUGGAACCAAACCUUCAUCACCUGUUUUCCAACCUCCAAACCCACCUGCAGAUCCAAAUGACCCAUAUGGGGUCCACAUGACCAUCAAUCAGGCCCCGGUUACUGAAGAUCCCACAUCUGCUACUGGGAGCCCCAAUCCUGAGCCCUAUACCCAACCUCCUAAAUGGCCUGUGGGUCCAUACUAUUACCCCUCAUCUGGUCCUCACCAUUACCCCUUCAGUCCCAUCUACUACCCCCCACCCAUCCCAGGGCCUAGCCCAGUCACUGCUAGUCCCUCCCCAGACUCUCCCUCCAGCAAAGCUCCCUCCAGGUCCUCUGGACCCUACAAUGCCCAUGGUCUACCCACCCCACCACAGCUAUUACCCAUAUCCCGUGCAUGUGCCACACCACCCAUAUUCUCUCUACCUGACACCCCGCCCCCCUCUGGACCCCACUCUGACCACCCCAGCCCUUUACCCAACAGGUACAGCCCUGCCUGGUGCUACUCAACCACCCCAGACCUCACCAACCACUCCCUUACCCUCCUCCAGGACCAUAUCCAGCACUACUACUCUCACUCCUUGGAUGUCCAUGAACACCCCUACUCUCCCCCCUCAGCCCUCCCUCCGCUGUCAAGCAGGACAGAUGAUGGUGUUGCUGCCCUCUGCUCUCCUGGACUCCAUCCAGGUCAAAGGUCAGAAUGUCCCUCUACUCACCACAUGGUCAGUGUUACAUUAAUGCUCACUGACUUGCAUGUGAAACGCAUUUCUCUUUUCAGAUCAGAUUAA